CUCCACGAAAAGUAAUUUUGGUUAUGCGAUGCGAAUAUCCAUUUCCUCAAAAAUGUUUAUGGAGUUUCAAGGGACAUAACCUCCAAUAGUGUUGUAAAUAACUACAAAGUAGUGAUGUGGUGUUUGAGAAAAUGUUCCUACAAUUAAUGAACAAGUAUAUUUUUAUUAAUUUAGGGUAGUAAACAACUUAAAUUAUUCGAUAUGGCUGUGAGCAGUUGGAUGCUCAGGCAUCAGAACAGAUACAAUAGGUCAACAAGGCAUAACAAACAGGAAGAUGUGCUGGCACAGUUGCAAAGUUUAGGACCUCAAGGAAGCUGCGCAAAGCUUUUGGAGAAAAUAUGCGAUCAGAACGUCAAAGAAGAGAUACUCUUCAGCUACCUAAAUGCAUUUGUGAAGUUAACGUUAAAAUGUGGAGACGACUUUGAGUACAGCGUUGAAGAAAUAUUGAUCUGUUUAAGGAUUCCUCUCAUUCACAACUCUGCCCAAAUCCGAACAGCCGGUUUAAGAUGUAUACGACAUGUCCUUAAAACAGAAACAGAUAUUGUACAGUCAAAUAAGUUAUUAAUACCUUAUUUAUUAACAAGGUCACUUGAUUUAAUUUUAAGAAACGAUGUUGAACGAAUAGAGGCAAUGAAGCUAAUAAGAAAAACUUUAAUAAUAUCGGCUUCUAGUUUUGAUAUGUCUCUUGCGCGAUGUUUGGUUUCUCUGGCUUACGAAGGUGCUGAAGCUAAAGAUAGAAUGCUUAGGGUGUGCAUGGCUACUUUAUCGGAAUUAGGUGUUCUAAAUGCAAAAUUGUUUAUUGCCUCUGGCGGCGUCACAGCAAUAUCUCGAAAUUUAUUAGAGUGCCAAAGUCCUAAAAUAGCUGAAUCCUUAUGCGGGGUGCUGCUUUUACUUUUAGAUAAACCGUCGACUAGAAAUAUAGCUGCCAUCGAUUUGCAUUGCACAGCAGCUCCUUAUUGCGAUUUUCACUACAAACACGGAUCCAAAGAUAAGAACAAGAGAGAUGAACGUGAGCUGAGAUUAAAUUGUGCUCGAUUAUCUUUACUAACGAUACUGCGAAGUUGGCCGGGUAUUUUACAUUUUUGUAGCCCGACUGAUAGAGGAGGUUUCAGAGCAAUUGUCGAAGUUCUGUACUUACCUCAACUUGAAGUUAGAAAAUCAGUAUUAGAUCUUCUGUACGAACUGCUUGGUCUGUCCCAACCGGAAUGGUCAGAUGAAUUGUCCGUAGCGUUGAGUGCAGUUGAUCCGUGCGAGCCGCAAGCCUCAUGGCGGCUGAACGAAGGUUUCGUAGUGGCGGAGGGUCGAUCCAUUCUACCUCAUUUGGCCAAAACAACUCCAAGUACAACCGAUAUGCAUUUGGCCCUCUUGUUAUAUUGUUUUCUAGAAAACGGCCUUUUGGCAGCUUUGACAGAGGUGAUAGCAACCAGUGAUACAUUUAUAUGCGUCAGAGCUUCUAUUUUGCUAGGUGAACUUUUAAGACUUAUCCAAGUAUUGUUACCUCCUGGUUGUUGUAAUAUUUCUCCUUCACUUCCAUCGUUAUUAGAAUAUGCAACGAAGAGUAAACCCCAAGCUAUUGCUGCGAUUACUGCGCUGCAACAACUACACAUGUUAAUGAAACGCAGACCAGCUUCUUACAGUCUUCAUCUAGAUUAUAUAAUUAGGAAUAGUGUUCACAAAAGAAAUGAACACAAACAUGUUAAAAAUGUAAAAUAUAGACAUGUUAGUACUAUACAAAGGAAAUUACAUCAGUUGGUUCUAAGAGAUGGCGAUGAUCCAGUUAAGGAAACCGGAGUAUUAUUAAGCAACGAUGCUUACACAUGGGAUUGGAGUUUAAUCAAUAUUGUAUUAAAGGGAGAAAACAACUCUAGAAUCGAUCUAAACGACAUUGCCCAUCGGACGUUUAUAAAAAAACUGAUCGAAUUCUAUAUGCCUUCGAAAAACAAGUAUUCUCACAUGGACUUGGGUGCUUCGAGAACGUCGGUGGUUUAUACCACUGCUGGUAUAGAGCUCAUCAACUUCCUAGUGGAACUUCGAGAUUCAGAUUACAAUGGACUCAAACCGCUCAAUUUGAUCGUGGAUCUUUUUAAAGACAUUUUAAGCAAUAUUAAUUCCAUAAUGACGAGCAAGAGCGUCCAUGAUUGUCUCUUCAGUCCUCAGCAUAUGGUCAAUACGCAUUGCCAAAGCUAUUUUUUGUUUAUCGGACAAUUUUCGAGAACUGAAAUUGGAAUUAAGGUUUUGGAGAACAUCAAUAUGUUUAAAAAAUUAAAAGAAUUGGCAACAACUACAAACCAUGACUGUUACGUGAAACUCAUAAUAUCGUCAUUGGAGUAUAUUUUCCCAGGUCCGUCUAGAGACAUUUUAGAAGCUGUAAUAACAUGUAAUCAGGAAAGUUCCCGUCUCUAUGCUACUCAAUUCCUCCACGUGUUACUUCGUGCUGGAAACCCUCUAUUUUCUUCAUGGGCCAUUCAGUUAUUAGUCAAUCAGCUGUACGAUAAAUCCCGGUCGAUUUAUCUCUCUGCUUUGGCCACCCUGAACGAAGCCUGCGAAUUACCAGAAUGUCUGCAAGCGCUGAUUGAUAUUAAUCCAGAUUUGGAAAAGUUGGGAGAGAAGGGGACUUUGCUAUUUGUGAGAUUCUUGUCGAUGGAAAGUGGGUUUAAUAAGGUCACGAAAGAUAGAGCUUCUCAGGAGAUUAAAAAAUGGGAUGAAGGUUUUAACUACAGAUAUGUUAAACUCCUUGAAGGCGACAUAUCUGAUGCGCUAACUCUGCAUCAGCGUAACGAUGAUGGUAAAUAUGACAAAAGGUCUAGUAGUCAAAGAAAUACCAACCGAAAAGAUGUAUUUCUCCCUCCGCACUUAUAUGGGCAGCUGGUACAACACGUACAAGGAUUUGACUUGUUGAUUAGCCAAGGAAAGACAACCCAAAUGAUUGAAAUUGUUAAGGCCGCGAAAUGUUCGACAGACGAAGAAAUAUUAAAACUAAAAGCUGCGAUUUGGGCAUUAGGUCACAUGGGAACAUCAAAUCGUGGCUACGAUUAUCUUACCAACUUUGGAGUCGUAGAUCUGAUCGUAGGAUUUGCCAAAUGGUCCCCAGUAUAUUCUGUGCGAGCUACAUCUUUUUAUGUUUUAGGACUUUUAGGAACCACCCCGUUAGGAGCUGAUGACCUUAACAGAAAGAGGUGGUUGUGCACCAGGCACGACAGGCAUGACAAUUGGCCUGUAAUACGAGAAGAAGCAGAAGAUUGGUUUUAUGGUCGGAAUCCUAGUGCAUCAACUUCUGAAGACGUGAUUUCUUUUGGAAGUCCUUUUGUUAAAGAAUUCGAGAUGGUCCCCGAAGAUGAAGAUUAUCCCGAUGAAAGACAAGAUUUUUUGAGAUCUCCAUCUUCGCCAGAAGGUAGAAGAAUCAGACAAUCUACACUGCCUACAAGUAAAAGACCCCAGAUUGGGAUUCAUAAGAGAUCGUUAUCAGAAUCGAAAACUUUCGAAACUAAUAACGGUUUUUAUGAAGAUAUUCGGCCGCCCUCUGUACCGUUUAUCACGACCGGAAGACAUAGAAAUAGUUCCAUGACAGAAUCUACAACUUCCGGCGUUAGUUCCUGCGAUUCUUUAUUAAAUAAGCCCGGCGUUUGUGGUACCUACGUGAAAACUUUAAGUCCUAUUCCAAGUUCCUCUAGUUUAAGUACGUUACAAUUACCUCCACAGUUCAAAAGAGUUUCUCACAGAAUAUCAUCUACAAGUACCACAAAUUCCGACAUCUCAACGUCAUCGUUAACCGGUAGUGCGUCGAAUGAAUUAAGUGUUCAAAACCUCGUUGGAUACAAUACUUUAAAACUUCUGCGAAGAAUGGAAGGCAUGAAUUACGAUAAAAUAAAUUAUGACGAUUAUUAUUUAUUUAACACAGCUUCCCAUUCAAGACCAAGCAGCUCGUUAUUCGACGACUUCUACUUGUUUAAUUCUAGUUUUACUUCAGUAUUCAGCGUUCCUAAGUUCGAAAUAGAAACCUUAACCUCAUCCCAUGACGAUAAACGGUACAUGGGUAUUUGCCUGCCGAAAUUUUUAAUGGAGAUUUUUCCUAGUCAAGAAGAAAUUACCAGGACGCCUUGCAUUUUCCAAGAUCCACUGAGAAAAAAUUCGAAUGAUGAAAAAGUAUGGCAACAUUCGAAAAAAGGUUGCUUUGUUUGCAGCCGGCCGGAGAAUCACGAUAAGGCUAUUGAUUUUAUAAAAGACCCCAUUAAAAUCGAAAUCCUUCAGAACGUUGAACGUUUAGCGAAUCCAAUCUCGAACAAAUACGUCAAAUCUCAUCUCAUUCGCCUGAAGCAGCGUGAACCCGAAGCGUUCAGAGACAUUUGCGUCUACUCGGAAGUUUGUAAAAUAUGUUCCGAGAGCAUCUACAGGUCGCCCACGAGGCGAGUGUUGCACGAAUUGUUUUUAGAUGUCGAUUUCCAGCGUUUAUACGAGCCAUCACAGAAAGUGAUAAAAUCUAAUAAUAUCAGUGGACAAAGUUCAUUGCAAGUAGAAGAAGACACUGCCAGUGUAGAAAGUAAGAGCUUAUCUAGUGGUGCAACUAGUCCAACUGAUGUCAAAACUUUGGAUUCAUUAAAACUCACGUUUAACGAAAACAAGUUCCCUAUAAGAAAUAAAAAGUAACAAAUUGUAUUUU